AUGCCAGGCAGAACUCCCAGCGCACCCAGCACGGUUCGCGCGAUCAGCGGCAUCAGCGGCAUCAGCCCCGGUGCCGGCGCCAGCGUUCGGUCCAUCCUUUCUCAGGCGCACCUGAGCGGCGUGCGGAAGGUGGGAAGCUCGGGCCUGCGAAACCGCAGCUCAGGCGGCCCUUGCUUUGCCGCCAGCUGGACCCCGGGUGGCAAGGGCAACACCGGGAGAGGCGGAGCGUCCGGAUUCCGGACGCAACGUGCACGCAGCGUGGAGCGGGAGCGGCCGAGGACAGAGUCCGUGCCGUACUCGCAGAAGAAGUGGAUCCGAUCCGAUGGCAGAGAGGUUGACGUGCAUUCGCAGAUCAUGGGCCUGCAAAGCGCGCACGACCUGAUCGACCUGGCGGGGGAGUUCGUGAACGAGUUCGCGGUCUUCCAUGCGUGCGGGCCACAGGGAGAGGAACGGGACGAUCAGGGGAAGACCUAA